AGUGUUCUAUUAAGCCCAGAGUGUUUCCCCACGAGUUGUUUUUUUUUUUUUUUACCUUCCCGUCUGUUUACCAGUUCAUACAUCCAACCCACUCACUCACUUUUUUUCAUAAAUUUAAACGCAUUGUCAUUUUUCAGUUAUCAAACUUAAAUAAAAAGAUAGAGGGGAUGUAGGUUUUACCCUCAGGUAACUUAAGACUUAAUGAGAAAGUUAAGGCAUUUAUUUCUAUUUAACAGGUGUCUGAGAUUUAAUUACCUACUAAGACCAAACUACUGUGCCAGGAAUGAGCAUGUGGCGUUGAGGAUACAAAGAUGAAUAGAAAAUGCCCUUGGUCCCUGUCCCCACUGAAGUUAAGAAAUACAAAAGGAUUUCAAUGAAGAGAAAAAUGAACUUGAAACUAGCCAGGCCUAUCACACCUACUAGUUCCCAGUAGGAAUUCAGGGUUAACAUGUGAUUUCCACUUCUGUUUGAGCCUCCCAGUGGCUGGGUGACUCACUACCCUGUCAAAAUCUGGGUACCAGAAGUAGGGACUGCUUUAAAUUUUAUUUUGUUUUACAUAUAUAUUUUUUUUGAGACAAGAGUCUCGCUCACUAUGUGGCCCUCGGUACAGUGCCAUGGCGUCACAGCUCCCAGCAACCUCAAACUCUUGGGCUUAAGCGAUUAUCUUGCCUCAGCCUCCCAAAUAGCUGGGACUACAGGCGCCGGCCACAACGCCCAGCUGUUUUCUUAUUGCAGGUGUCAUUGUUUAGCUGGCCCAGGCCAGUUUUGAACCCGCCUGCCUCGGUGUCUGUGGCUGGCAUCAUAACUACUGUGCUAUGUGCACCGAGCCUGCUUUAAAUUUUAGCUCCACCCGGCUGCUAACUGGAGCUGAAAUACACCUAGCCAUGUUCAUAAAUAGUUACAGUUCCAAGCCCCAAUUGCCGAGGGAGGGCCAUUCUCAGGAAGUACCCAGAAAACCCUGCCUUCUCUUCUUUCCUCCUGGCUCUGUCACAUUGUUACUAUGCCCAAAUCUGAGUGCUAAGUGUAUGUGCAAGGUUGCAUUAGAAAGAUAAAUUCAGAGAUUAGAGUAGGCUCAGAGCUGGCUAGAACUUCAGAAUUUAUUUAUUUAUUUAUUGCAGUUUUUGGCUGGGGCCAGGUUUGAACCUGCCACCUCCGGUAUAUGGGGCCAGUGCCCUAUUCCUUGAGCCACAGGCGCCGUCCCAGAACUUCAGAAUUUCUCUUUCCCAGUGCCCACACUUUUUCAGGGCAGGAGGAUGAACCACAAACCCUGCCCCAGUGAGAACCGGAUGGGUGCUGGUGUCCUCAGACUGAAGGCAGAAGCCUGAGCCAGACUUGGCAGUGAAAUAGAGGAGGGGGAGGCAUUCUUGCCACUGACCUUCAAAGGCUGUAGACCGGAGGGGAUCAUGUUUCAUGCCCUUGAACUCCUGCCCCUCCCCCUCAGCUUCUUGAAUGGAGUCAGGAAUUCCAUUCACAAAAUGGAAGCAUGAAUGAGCCCACCCUCCCGCCUCCUCCUGGAGGUGUCAGGUUUCACCAUCUCCUCAUUCAUAGGUGGGAGUGGAGGGGGGGAAAGGGGUUGGAACUUGAACCAGUGGCUUUACACAGCCGCCUCCGGAGGUGAAGUGGGGAGGUUUCUAUCCUAUGGAAUGGAAUGAAAAUGAAGUGGAAUGUGCUCUGCUGUUAGAUCUGAACAAACAUAGUCUAAUGCCCAGUGUUUGUUUCCCCAUGCAGCGUGUAGGCACACGCUCUGGCUCUGGCUUGCUUUUACACACUUACACACACAUACACACUGGGCUGGGAACCUGACCUGCUGACCGGACGUUUGCCUAUUCCAAGGGAGUUUUAGGUGUAGACACCAAACCCUUUCCCCGGAGGUUCAUCUCACUCCUCCCCCUGAACUCACAGGAAACAGCUGCUCCCUGGAAUCUUGGGCCUUGUGGAACAGCUUGCCCAGCCCCAGCUGCCGCCAGCCAUGCCCUCUGCCCCAGCCCUCAAUCAAGCUGAGGGCUCAAGCCUCAACUCCCUCUGGGAGAACUUCCCUGGGGAUUUGGUGGUGGGCAGGCACCUAGGAAAAGAACAGUGGCCGGAAAGCAGGCUGUCAGGAAGAACUUCGUGAAUAUGUCGCUGGAUGUGCAUCGAUGUACCUCCACACAAAGGGCUUCUCCGGGCCCUCUCCAGGUGAUGGGGCCAUGGGCUAUGGCUAUGAGAAACCUCUGCGACCAUUCCCAGAUGACGUCUGCGUUGUCCCUGAGAAAUUUGAAGGAGACAUCAAGCAGGAAGGGAUUGGCACAUUCCGAGAGGGGCCGCCCUACCAGCGCCGGGGUGCCUUGCAGCUGUGGCAAUUUCUGGUGGCACUGUUAGAUGACCCAACAAAUGCCCAUUUCAUUGCCUGGACAGGCAGGGGGAUGGAGUUCAAGCUAAUUGAGCCUGAGGAGGUUGCCAGGCUCUGGGGCAUCCAGAAGAACCGGCCUGCCAUGAAUUAUGACAAGCUGAGCCGCUCACUUCGAUACUAUUAUGAGAAAGGAAUCAUGCAGAAGGUGGCUGGUGAGCGUUAUGUGUACAAGUUUGUGUGCGAGCCCGAGGCCCUCUUCUCUCUGGCCUUCCCAGACAAUCAGCGUCCAGCUCUCAAGGCCGAGUUUGACCGGCCAGUCAGUGAGGAGGACACAGUCCCUUUGUCCCACUUGGACGAGAGCCCCGCCUACCUCCCAGAGCUGGCUGGCCCUGCCCAGCCCUUUGGCCCCAAGGGUGGCUACUCUUACUAGUCCCCAGUGGCUGCUUCCCCUACUGUGGGUGGGUGCUGCCCUAUGUACACACAGAUGAAUUUUGUGGUGGGGAAACCUUCACUCCUAAACCCACAGAUGUCUCUGGGGCAGAUCCCCGCUGUCCCGUCAGUCAUCCUGACCCAGAGCUCAGCAGAGUCACUGGGAAGGAGAAGUGGAGAAAGGGCCAGUCUAAAGGUGGAGUCUCAGAAACCCCCCUGCAGUUUCCCCUCUGGGAAGUCCAGCUCAGCCUCUUCCUAGGUCCUGCUUAAGAGGCCUAACCCCUCACUCCUAUUUCCGAACCAGAGAACAAGAGUUUAUUCUGUUCCAGGAGAAGGAGCUUCCCAAUUUUAUUCUGGCUGGGAGGUAAGGGGGCUCAUUGAGCUCCCCAGGUCUCCCACUGUGGGGACACCGAAGGCUGGACUCCAAACUCCACCCUGGGGGGCCUCGAUCAUCAGUUCUUGGUGCUCUGUUCACAGAGGCAGAGAGAGGGUGAAGGAGGACCCUGGGCAGUGGGUGCUGGGUGCAGGCAGGGAGGGAUGAGUUCCUGCUCCAAGGGGCCCUAGCCCCUUCUGCCUUUGCCUAGGCUCAAGCCUGAGGUUCCAUAUCCACCUCCACAUCUGCCAGACCUUAAUAAAAGCCCCUGCUUCUCC